UUAGGGUUUUAGUCAGAUUGAUAUAUUUCGGCAGUAGAUUUUUUUUUUGGGCUAAAAAGUGAAAACGGAGUCUGCCCGACCUUUCAGCUUAUUUUUCUUUUUUUUAAAAAAAAAAAAUUGGUAUUUCGUAAGAAUUCUCUGUUUCUGAUCCCAAAAUCCUGAAGGGUUGUAGAAUGGAUUGAGUGUCGGAGCUACCUCUCGUUCUCUGUCAAGGAUUACACCUCGGCUGGUGGAGACGCUAAUCCAAUUCAUUCAGAUGUUAUGUUGCCAGGUGCUUCUGAACUGUACAGAAGUUGUGAGGGGGUAGCUGAAACAUCUAAGAAAGGGUUUUGUUGGUUUGAGCUGAAGCGUCUUGGGAUGGCAGAGUGGGGUGUCUGCAGGCAAGUUAAAUUUGUGAGCUCUCAAGGAGAUAGCACUGCCAAACAAUCUUCUGGCAUAAUUGAGGAAGAAUAUGAUGAAGAUGAUAAAAAAAAUGUGAAAACUGAGUUGAUUUCAUGCCCAGAAGUACGGAAGAGAAAGUGCCCUUCCUCCAACCAACUUAGAAAGGAAAAAGCUGCAAGAUGUGGGAAACAAAGGUUAAAUAGUGGUCCUAACAAGUGCAAGCAAAACAAGCGCAACAAUUCUGCAGAGAGAUGGUCCACUGAAAGAUAUAAGCUGGCUGAAGAAAGCAUGUUAGAGGUCAUGAAGGCUGAAGGGGCUGAGUUUGAGAACCCAAUAUCUCGGCCUGCUUUGAGAAUGGCAGCACGUAAACAUAUUGGUGAUACUGGGCUCUUGGACCACUUGCUGAAGCACAUUGAUGGAAAGGUGGCACCAGGUGGCACCGAUCGGUUUCGGCGCUGUUACAACACUAGUGGAGUGAUGGAGUAUUGGCUUGAGAGUGCUGACCUGGUCAACAUACGAAAAGAGGCUGGGAUCUCCCCAUUUUGGCGGAAACCAGAUGGGGUCCCCUUUCAGGAUUCUGCUUGUGCUGUAGAACUCAAAUUGCUUAAAGAAGAAAUGGCCAAAAUGAAGAGGGAGAUGGAGGAACUGGUAUCCAAGCAGCAAGAACAAGGCCAAGCUAAUUUGAUUGAGGGGAUGCAGAAAGAAUUGUUGAAAUGGAAAGCGAAGACAGAUGAACGCCUGAUGGAGUUUUCAAGCUCUUUGAAUGGUUUGCAGGACAUGUGCAAAGAACUAGUGACGUGGAAAGCUGGAGUUGAGCAACAGCUUCUGGAAAUUUCAAAUUCAUUGAGCAGUCUGCAGGCAUCAAAGCAAUGCACUAUCUUUAGUCCUUCAGCUUCUGAAAGAUGGGAAGAUUGGCUGGAGAGCACCAACCUGGACAAUUUUCAAGGGGGUAACUUGGCACCCUGGUUAGAGAACCCAGAGCUGAUUAACUUUGGCCAGGAUGCUGCAGUUCAAGAUACAGAUCUGGCCCCCCUAGCAUGGUCAAGACCUGGUCAUAGCCCCUUUCAAGGUCCCAUUUGUGCUCAAGAGCUGGAUACGCUUAAUGAAGAUAUGGCUAAAAUAAAGAGAGAUGUGCAGGAAGUAGUGCCUAGGAGGCAAGAGGAAGAUCAAGCUAAUGUGACACCUGAUUCUUCUGUUACUGCCAAUUCAAAGUUAGAUCUUGAUAAUUCGGUGCUUCUGUUUCAGGAAAUGUUGAAGGACUUGGUGAAAUGGAAAGCUAAAAUUGAACAACAGCUGAUGGAGAUUUCAAGUGCAGUUAGUGCUAUGCAGACAUCAAGGCAGUAAACUCUCUUUUUCUUCAACUAUCCUUGGAUGCAAAUGACUGGAGUAAUCCCUCCCCACCAGGCCUUCCUCUCUUAAUUUUUCUUCUCCCUUUUAAGUUACAUUUAUAUUAGUAGGAUUUAGCUCUUGUAUAGGACUCACACACACCUGUGGCACCACAUCUAACCUCAACCUACAAAGCACAACUUACGUUGUGAGUUAAGUUGUCAAUAUCAUGCUGACAGAGUAGAGACCUCUCUUUCAAGUAUAGAUUUUUCUGUAGGAAUAUGCUUAAUUUAGUUGAUGACCUAUGGAUUUGUUUAUUAUAUUAUAUGACCUUUCUUUUACUAAUGGUAUAUAUUAAAUUAUAUGAAUGUGGAGUGGACUGUUGUUGAUUUA